GAGCUACUGGCCGUCACCAGCUAUCAAACAACUUUGUCACUUGGGCCUAUACAUCACAGCUCGAUUCGAUAUGAUUAGGCCCUAGAUUAAUCACGCAUACCAAACCAGCCCGAUAGCCCGACGCCAUAUCAAACAGCAAAUGGACCAAGUACACCACAGGGCGCUGGAUGCCCUUCAACCCUUCAUUGCACUCGCAGACUCGAGUAGUGCAAACUCACCCCGAUACGUCGCAAAUAUAGUCACAAAUGCAACAGCAAGCCCACACACCUACGUCUUUGCGGAACUCCUCGAACGGCCCGCAGUUCAAGCGCUCCGCUCCCCGGACACCCCCGCCGAGCUCCAAGGGUAUCUGACGCUCCUCGAGAUCUUCGCCUGGGGGACAUGGCAAGACUACCAGAAAACCCCUAAUCUUCCCGCACUCAGCGAUGAACAAGCUCGCAAGCUCCGUCUCCUCACCCUUCUCUCUCUCGCAUCUACAAUAAAACCACUCAAUUACGAAAUCCUCAUGGAGUCUCUCUCCCUCUCAGCCCCGUCCGACCUCGAAUCCCUCGUAACAGCAGCUAUUUAUGCUUCCCUCAUAACUGCCAGACUCUCCCCGGCGACAACCCCACCAACCGUGAACGUAACAUCCGUCGCACCCCUCCGCGACGUCAAGCCCAGUUCCCUACCAACCAUGAUCUCAACCUUAACGGCCUGGGAAUCCCGCUGCGGCACCGUCAUCUCCGACAUCGAAGCCGAAAUUGCCAAAAUCCGAGCUGACUCCGCACAACGCCGCGCAACGGAAAACGCCCGAGUCGUGAUGAUCGAAAAGACUCUUGCAAAAUGGAACGAUGAAUCUGCUGAGACAGGCGGGGCAGGACCCUUCGCUGGUGCGGGAAACCAAGGAGCUAAGAAGUCGGGCUGGAAACCAAAAGAUCUCGGAGCGGCUUUCCGGAGUCGAGACUUCUGGGGCGGUGGGAGCAAUAAGCGCGAGUUUGAUGAUGAUGGAUACUUCGAUGACGGCUCGUUUGAAUUUGAUCCUCAUGGUUCUGGGAUGGAUAUUGACGAGGGCGCAGGGGCUAGAUCGGGUUCUGGUUCUGGUUCUGGAGGAACAAGGCAGUCAAAGCGCUUUCUGGGGAAGAAGUCAUAGCAUGUUGUCGUGAUAGCACACGCACAAAUCUUAGUCAGGUUGCGUUUGCUACAAAUAGAAAGCCAGGAAAUUGCAAAAGGAAUUUUUGUGCAAUUAGUAUUACACUUAAAUACUAAGCCAACUAAAUACCAACGGAUAUAUCCACAACACCAAG